AGUACACGAUGGAAGUUACUGCCGUACGCUUGUGUCUCGAGCGACCCCGCGAGUGAUGUCGCAGCAUGGUUGCUGCCCGUGUGAUCCUCUGUUGCCUGUGCGUGAUAUAUCUCGUGACCGCCGCGGCCGCCGCCCGGUCCCACCGACACCCCACACAACCUUCGCGCCAUAAACCAAAACACUCGGAAUUCGUUAAAGGAAAAAUAUGCAUUGGGACGAACGGUCGCAUGUCGGUUCCAUCGAACCGAGACACCCACUACCGGAAUCUUCGCGAUCGCUUCACAAACUGUACAUACGUCGACGGGAACCUCGAGCUGACAUGGCUUGGAAACGAGAACAUGGACCUCUCCUUUCUAAAGUACAUCCGAGAAGUCACGGGUUACGUCCUGAUUUCGUACGUGAACGUCAAGCACAUUGUCUUGCCGCAACUGCAAAUCAUCCGCGGCAGGACACUUUUCAAACUCAAUAUCCGAGAAGAACAAUUCUCUCUAUUGGUGACCAUGUCCACAGCAUUCACACUCGAGCUGCCGGCACUGCGAGACGUCCUCCGGGGAAGUGUCGGCAUCUACAAUAACUACAAUCUUUGCCAUGUUAAAACCAUAAACUGGGACGAGAUCAUUACCGGCACCAACGCAACAUACGUUUAUGCUUAUGACUUCCAAGCGGCUGAAAGGGAUUGUCCGCGAUGCCAUCCAAGUUGCGAAGCCGGCUGCUGGGGUGAAGGUCCCCAGAACUGCCAAAAGUUCUCUAAAACGAACUGCAGCCCCCAGUGUGACCAAGGUCGCUGUUUUGGCCCUAACCCACGGGACUGCUGCAAUGCUUUUUGCGCUGGAGGAUGCACGGGUCCUUUGCCUAGCCAGUGUCUUGCCUGCCGGAACUUUUACGAUGAAGGAACUUGCUCACAAGAAUGCCCUCGAAUGCAAAAGUACAAUCCCACGAAUUAUUCGUGGGAACCAAACCCUAAUGGAAAGUAUGCAUACGGUGCAACUUGUGUUAGAAAUUGCCCAGAGCAUCUACUCAAAGAUAAUGGAGCUUGUGUGAGAAGUUGCCCGCCAAACAAGACAGCUGUGAAUGGAGAAUGCAUACCAUGCAAUGUGACAUGCCCAAAAACUUGCCGAGCAGAAAAACCGAUUCAUUCGGGCAAUAUUGAAAGCUUUAGAGACUGCACAAUCAUAGAUGGUUCGAUUGAGAUUCUGGAAAUGACAUUUACUGGAUUCCAGCAUGUUAAUCCCGACUAUUCCUUUGGUGAGCGUUACCCAAAGAUGGAGCCAGAUGCGCUAGAAGUGUUCAGCACAGUGCGAGAAGUGACCGGAUAUCUGAACGUUCAGGCUCACCAUCCCAAUUUCACCAGUCUAUCCUAUUUCCGCAACUUAGAAGUUAUAGGAGGGCGACAAGUGGUAGAGAACCUUUUUGCCUCCUUGUACAUAGUAAAAACUUCUCUUGAAUCCUUGGGACUGAAAUCUCUGAAAAGAGUAAACUCUGGCGCAAUAGCAAUUAUGGAAAACAGAAACCUAUGCUUCGCUGACAGGAUCGCUUGGAAUAAAUUGGUGAAAUCUAAAGACCAUAAACAAAUCAUACAGAACAAUAGCGAUUUGAGAUCAUGUGAAAAAGCAAACUUGGUGUGCGAUCCUCAAUGCUUGGCGGACGGCUGCUGGGGACCCGGACCUGAUCAGUGCCUCUCCUGCCUAAACUACAAGUUUGGCGAAAUAUGUAUCCAGAACUGCAGUGUGAAACCUGGGUUGUACAAAGCGGGUCCGAAGACUUGCAGGCAGUGUGAUGCAGAAUGCUUAGAUGGCUGUACAGGACCAAGUCCCGCGAACUGCACCAGGUGUAAGAAUGUUCGCGAUGGCCCAUUCUGCGUCGCCGAAUGCUUAGAAACAAGAUACCCUUCAGAGAACGGCACGUGCGAACCAUGCCACGUCAACUGCCACAAUGGCUGCACUGGACCAAAGAAUACCGUAGGCGAAGGAGGCUGCAACUCUUGCAAAAAAGCCAUUAUUAGCGUAGAAGCAACGGUUGAGAAAUGCCUGGCUGAGAACGAACUGUGCCCAGAUGGGUAUUAUAACGAGUGGGUAGGCAACGUCAAGCCUUUAGAAGGCAAAGUAAAAGUCGUCUGUCGCAAGUGUCACCCACUGUGCAAAAAAUGUACCGGUUUCGGUAUUCACGAGCAAGUCUGUAAAGUCUGCAAUGGCUUCAAGAGAGGUGACCAAUGCGAGGAAGAAUGUCCCACAGACCAUUUCACCGACGAGGAAUUCAGGACAUGCACACCGUGUCACAGCGAGUGCCGCGGUUGCACAGGUCCCUCCUCCACUGAUUGUAUUAAAUGCCAAAAUCUAAAAAUUUUCCUUACUGAAGGCAAUAACUUUGACAACACUUCAGCUUUCAAUUGCACAGAUACGUGCCCAGAAAACUUUCCUCAUAAGAUAUUCUUUGACGAAUUGUUACAAAAUCCGAUCGACGAACCUUACUGCUCAGAGUUAGCCAAUGGUCUCAUCCCUAAUUUGACGACAGCAAGGACUCCUACAGUUCUAAUCAUAAUCCUGGUUUUAGCUUUAUUGCUUUUGGUGAUUCUCGGUAUAAUAGGUUAUACCUGUCGUCAAAAAGCAAAAGCUAACAAAGAAGCAGUAAAAAUGACUUUAGUACUGACUGGAUGUGAAGACAACGAACCUUUACGACCGACAAAUGUAAAGCCAAACUUAGCCAAGCUGAGAAUAGUCAAGGAAGCAGAACUUCGCCGGGGUGGCAUGCUAGGUUUUGGAGCAUUUGGUAAAGUGUACAAAGGUGUUUGGGUGCCAGAAGGCGAAAACGUCAAGAUUCCUGUAGCCAUAAAAGUUCUGAAAGAAGGCACCGGUGCCAAUUCUAGCAAAGAAUUCUUAGAGGAAGCUUAUAUCAUGGCCAGUGUAGAGCACCCUAAUCUUUUGCAAUUAUUAGCAGUUUGUAUGACCAACCAGAUGAUGCUUAUUACCCAGUUGAUGCCUCUAGGGUGUUUACUUGACUACGUAAGAACACACAAAGAGAAAAUAGGAUCCAAAGCAUUUUUGAACUGGUGCACCCAAAUUGCGCGAGGUAUGUCAUAUUUAGAAGAGAAGAGAUUGGUGCACAGAGAUUUGGCCGCAAGAAAUGUUUUAGUACAAACGCCGAAUUGUGUUAAAAUUACAGAUUUCGGUUUAGCAAAACUAUUAGACAUAAACGAAGACGAGUACAAAGCGGCUGGAGGCAAAAUGCCCAUCAAAUGGUUAGCGUUGGAAUGCAUUCAGCAUAGGAUAUUUACGCACAAGAGUGACGUUUGGGCUUUCGGUGUCACGAUAUGGGAAAUACUAAGCUAUGGCGCUCGCCCAUACGAGAACAUAUCGGCGCGGAAUGUGCCAGAAUUAAUUGAAAAUGGCCUGAAAUUACCACAACCGGGCAUAUGCACGUUGGACAUUUACUGCAUAAUGGUCUCAUGUUGGAUGUUGGACGCCGACAGUAGACCGACAUUCAAGCAGCUGGCUGACACCUUUGCGGAAAUGGCGAGAGAUCCGGGCAGAUAUCUCGUUAUUCCAGGAGAUAAAUUCAUGCGUCUCCCGUCCUACUCUACUCAGGAUGAGAAGGAGUUAAUAAGGAACUUAUCCUCAGCCAUGGAAGGUCCCGAACCACUCGUUGAAGCAGACGAAUAUCUGCAACCCAAGUUCCAAACGGUUCCUGGUACCGCUACUACGUCAGUAGUCAGUGUCGGGAUAUAGACACAAACGAGCUCUCUUAAACCGUGCACAUCAUCUUCGUGGGCUAACAAUGUCACAAGCCCAGAUGGCGUGAACACAGACGGUUCCAACAAACCUGAAACGUGGGACCACGAG